UAGGGAGGAGAAAAUGGAGGAGGAGGAGAAGGAGGAGGAAGGAGCAUAAGAGGGUGUGUUUUGUAUGAGUUUUCAACAUUCUUUUCAUGUAUCCUGUUGAGUACAACAACUUUCUGGUUCAAGUGCUAAACUGACAACCUCCUAGACUUUUCAGUGUUGUCUGGCCAGGGAAGUUUGAAUGGAGAUGCAGGAGAGCAGCAGCAAUGAGAUGUGGGAAGGUUGGAGUACUGUUUCCAACCAAGUGUACAACAACCCCAAGGUGACGCUGCUGAUGAACUCAAGAGCGGUCCAGUACCUUAAUGGCCACCCAGUGUUGGCCCUGGCGGUGAUGAUGUUCUGCGCCACGGCCACAGUGCCAAUUGGGCUUUUCAUCCUUUUUGCAGUGGUGACACUCAUCAUGUCGGCAGUCGCUUUUGUUUUCGUUGAAGGCUUCCUGCUGUUUACGGGCGCGAUAAGUCUGCUAUGCAUACUGUCCGGCGUGGCCUUCUUCUCACUUGUGGCGUCGGCCGUCUUCGCUGCCUUUUACAUGGCCGUCUCCAACAUCCUUAACUACUAUUACCCUCAUCUAACGAAGGUUGCCAAAGAAUACGAGAAAAACGAAGUGGAGGAAAUGACGCAAAAUUUUUCUCAGUGAAAUGCGGUGCAGCUCUCAAGUUGGAGCGAUCUCAUGGAACACUUAUUUGCUCUUUUAGGAGUUUCCAAAAUUAUUUAUUUAGUUUUUUCUGUAACAAUUUUAGAGAUCAGAUUCAAAUGAAAUAUUUAUAUGGAGAAACAUGAUAAAGCUGUUACAAAGUACAUUGAAUGAUCACAAUGGGAGUAUGUCAUACUACCAUGUGAUAUAUAGGAACUGUUCAGACCAGUUGGACAUUCAGAUCACCAUUCUAUGUGUCAAGCAGCUGAACAGGACAGGUACAGUGGGGAGAACAAGUAUUUGAUACACUGCCAAUGGGUUUCCCAUUGGCAGUGUAUCAAAUACUUGCUCUCCCCACUGUAAAAAAAAAAAAAAAAAAAAAAAAACUGUUAAAGUAUUUUUGAAACCCUGAUAUUUGUGGUACCAAAAAAAACUUUUAGUAAAAUACUGGUCAGUGCAUCUUAAAUAGUGGGGCGCAGAGCAAUGCCAGGGGUGGCACAUGUGACCUUGGGGAACAUACUUUGUUGUUCUAGAAUAAAUUGUAAUUGCACAUUAACUCAGUGGCGCGCUCAUUUUUAGAGUGUGCGCGGUAUUUUUGAACCAAACAAGAGCACACAGCAAAGAGUACUGGGGAUACGAAGGACUAAGACGAGGAAAUAUGACGAAGCGUAUGUAGCGUCUGGCUUUGACUUUUAAUACAGUGGGAGACAAGGAAAGAUAAGUCUGUUGACCGUCUAAAAAUGUUUGCAGCUGACAGAAGGAAGCCAAAUCAAUGAAAGAUAUCACUUGAAGACAUUAGACCUCAGUGACAUUGAUAAGCACUUGAUUUUUUUCUUUCAGUGAAAACGGGCCGAAUAUUGCAAAAAAAUUGUCCCAUUUUGUAAGUGUUACUUCAGUAAAUCAGCGAGCACUGUUGGCAUCAUUUGAGGUUGCAUACCACUUGCUCAGUGCAAAAGAACCCCACACCAUAGCAAAGGAGCUGAUACUGCCUGCAGCAAAAAUAAAAACUGUCCCAGGGUUCAAUGACACUGUCGUUUUUGUUCUAUUCAUUUUUGUGUUCGGUCAAAUUGUUUGGCAUAUUGUCCUCAUGAGUUAAUGUUACUAAACAAUUUGAGUUUAUUAUUAUUUAUUGAUUUUAUCAACAACAACAAAAUCACUAUCAAAUGGUCAAAAAAUUUGUAUCGAGUAUUUCUACAGUUGUGAUUUUUUUUUAUUCAGGCAAACUGAUGCGCCUUAAGUCUGUUACAAAAUGUUAAUAAAGU